GUUCCUGGCCUAUCCCUCGUCUCGUUUCGAAUUGCGCAUCACAAUUGUUGCGCCUAACGCAGCCUAUUCUGUCACUGGCCACCGCUGUGCUGCACUCCACGUCUACCACUUGCCCUUGACUCCCCCCCCAAAUCCAGGCGCAACUCCGAACCCUCCCUUUCAAUUACAGCCAUCUGCACCGCGACAAAUCUACGCCGUCACCUCUGUUGUACCAACUCCCUCUCCUAAUUCCCAAACCCUCUCACUUCUUCCUCGACGACGUUCGUUACCUUAGCUCGAGCAUCACAGCCUUCGUGCUGCAUUCACAUGGCAUCGCUCUUCUUCCAGCAUUGACUUUGCCUUGUCCUCAUUCCCUUUCGCGACCAAGAAGCGAAGCUUGGGUGUUGAAACAUCCCUCCUCGUCACCCUCGAAUCAAUCUUCCGACAGAUCUACUACAAAAGUCUCUCGUUUCAAUUCAAUGUCGCCGACAAUCUAUUAACUUCCUUACCGCUUCCCUUCCUCCGCUCGCUCCCUCUGCAUCACUCAAUUCUUUCGAGGCACGCACUCGCCUCCACGAAACCCGGUUGGCGUGUUUGGUUGAGGACACACAGGAAAGACGAGGGUUCUGUUUGAGACGAGGAAUAACAUAAUUUUGGACACCUUCAGUCGCAACCACCGCCUCGCACCUUAUCGGGACGUGCCUUCUCAGGCCGCCUCUACUUAAUAAAUUAAACCCUCCGACCCAGUACCCUGACGCGCAAUGGCGCCUGCUCCUCCUCGACUACGCAUCCUUUCAGUGGGUGGAAAUGCAGUUUCUGCUUUCUUAUCAUGGCGGUUGCAAGCCACCAACGCCUGCGACGUGACCUUGGUGUGGAAAGCCAAUUAUCAGGCCGUGGCACAAUACGGUGUCUCGUUCAAAUCUUCUCUGUACGGAAAUGAAAGAUUUAAGCCCAGAUACGUCGUCCAAAGCCCCGAAGAGGCGGCGAGCCAACAAGCAGCCUUCGACUAUGUCCUCCUCUGCGUCAAAGCCCUUCCCGACGUCUACAACCUUGCCGAUAUAAUCCAAUCGGUGGUCACCCCACAACAUACCUGCAUUCUUGUUAACACCACAAACACUUUGGGAGUGGAGCAACAACUUGAAGAACGGUUCCCCACGAAUGUUGUCUUGUCUCUCGUUUCCGGCGCCGAUUUGACCCAACUUGGGUCCAGCGAAUUUGAGCACACCGGCUCAACAGAAAUCUGGGUUGGGCCAGCAAGCAAGAACACCGCAAUUCCCGAGUCGAUCCAGAGGGACAUGUCAGAGGCUUUGGCCAUGACCUUGACCACUGCCCAGGUCGACUGCAAAGUGUCUGUAAACAUUAAGCAACAGCAGUUCGAGAAAAUGAUAGGGCCCAUUGCAUUCCAUCCUACGAGUGUCCUAUUCGAGAAGCCUCUCCUUUCGGACCUGAUCCGGUUACCUGGUGUCAACGAUCUGAUAUCCGAUGUUAUUGAAGAGUUGAUACACAUAGCUCACACGCAAGAUUGUAAAUUUCCCAGCAACUUCAAGGAAAUCACAAUCCAGUCCAUGAUCGGAUCAAGUCAAGAUCCUAGUACCAUGUACCAGGACUUUACAGCUCGCCGGCCAAUGGAGGUCGAAACUUAUCUGGGUUCUCCGGUGGAAUUAGCCAAAAUGGCAAGCAUCAGGGUUCCCCGCCUUGAGACUCUAUACACGAUGCUUCGACACGUCAAUACGGUCAAUAAGGACCGUCCUACCGCUUCUGCUACCAUGCCACAGUCGCCGUCCGUGAUGCAGCCGCCGCCACGGACGAUGUCCCUCGCAAAUCCUCCUCCCCCCCGACAACCGAAUCCCCCCGUCAAUGGAGCACCCAGGCCGAUGCGCGGCCCCAACAUGGGACCACCUAUGGGACCACCGGGGAGACGCGGUCCCCCUCCGGUCAAUGGCUACCGGGGCCCCCCGAACAGUUUCCCGCCACGGGGGCCUAGCCAGAUGCAACGGAGGCCAUCUUAUGAUGAGACAAACCUGGACGAGUUCAGUCACGUUGUUCUUUACGACGACCUUCCCGAUGGUGAUGUGGCCGCCAAUUUCCCCGAUAAUGGCGGGCCCGCUGCGGCAACAUUACGUGAACGAGAGCUGAUGUUACGCGAAAAGGAACUACACCUAAAGCAACAAGAGAUGGCGAUGAGAAGUCGCCCUGGUCGAAGAACCUCACAUAAUCGUCAUCAGGACUUUGACGAUGACGACGAUGACGACGAUUACUUUGAUCCGAUGCAGCCACGGGGUCCUCCGAUGCCCCCGAUUGACCCAGACAAUUUCGACAUGAUGAGCGUUACCUCGAGGCGGACCAAACGGACAACUAGCCAGAAUCAAUUGCGUAAAGACGUCUUUGCAAACGGGAACAGUAUGCGUCCCGGAUCUUUUGGCCGGCCGAACCUCAACAGGCAUCGGACCAGCACCCAACUCCUGUCCGAUAUGCCUAUGCUCGGAGAGAAUAUCCUGGACAACCCAAUGAUGGGCUUCUCAUCCAACAGAUACGGUUCAGUGGACCGCAAGGAAAUGGCGGACGAGUCACGUGCAAAUUCCCUGACGGCAAGCCGGCUUCAAGAACUUGGUGCCAACGGAGGACCCUACCCCGGGCCGCCUAGUAGACGGACGAGCCGGUCGCCAGGGAACCCAUUCAGUCCGCCUGGACGAGUUCCCAACCGGCCCUCUCCGCCGAAUGAUCCCUAUAUGCAACCAGGACAGCGCAACGGCCGACCGUCCCCGCCAGGAGGGAUGCCUGCACCAGUGCCGAGAUACCCUCCAGGUCAAGGCGGCAUGCUUCCUCCGCAUCAAAUUGAACAGGCCGGGGUGAGCAAACCAUUCCCACCACCAAAAGCACCUGUGAAGAGUCUGACUGGAAGUGCCAGUGCUAGCGCUGGGAGUGGGGAUAGCGGAAGUGCCAACAUUGAUUCCGAACCGUCGGCUCACAGCAGCACCAGCAGCUUCGCGCCCCGGCAGAUGCUGAGCAUCCGUUGAGAGUGUCUUUUGGCACACUCUGUGCAAGUUGACCUGGAUUGACGAUUUGUUGCACUUCGGCGAACAACAUGACGAGGAUUCGACUUGGCCACACAGCAUCACAUAUAUUGUUGAUUGUUACCCUGUUUCGCAUAUACCUUUAAUGAUCGGCGUCCGCGAACAUUACGACACGAUGGGCCUGCGACGGUCUAUCACCUCGGCAAAAAGCAUUGAGAUGAGUUUGGUGAAUGACAAUAGCUUGAAUGGAAAUGUUGCAACAUUCGACUUUUGUGCCCUUUUCUAGUACAUACAGCAUUGCAAGGAGGCGUCGGGCUCCGCUUUUUUCUUUCCUGCACAUUUUGCCCCAACAGCACCGCACAUUCUCGAAGACCGGCAUUGGAGGGCAGAUUGAGGCUUGUUGUGUCUCUCCGCUUCAAGUUGAUUGGAGAGAUGUUUUGUAUUGCAUAAAUUGGGAAGAUACAGUUUUCAGGCACGAACACGAUGGGACCGAGAAUGACAUAAUCACAUUAUGCUAGAUCUCUGGUUGGUAAACAGAGAAAAGGAAAGGAGGGUCAGGAAACAUGAUGGUGGAACUGGUAUGGGGUCGUGAGGCAGGGUAAUAAUCGAAUGCAAGCAAAAAUUGGCCUGGAAAUGAAAGAACAGAAUGAGGAGCCCGGGUGAGUCGGCUCUUGUAUAUCAAUCUGCGAGUCUGGAGACAUUCACCUGUG